AUGAAAAUGCUCGCUCGCUUGCUGGCCUUUGGCUUCGUCGUGGCGCCCGUUCUCGGACAGGGCUACAGCUACGGCUCAUUCAAUUAUGGAUCGACUGACAACCUGCUCGAUCUCUUCUUCAUCGACGACAACGACGACAACAACGUCUCCCUCCACAUGGGUGCCGCCCACGUAUGGCACUACCUUCACACCCUAUACCUCGUCUACCUCGUCGACAUCCUCAACAACGACCACACCUGCAAUCCCGCCCUACUCUACGACGCCGUCUACAAGCACCACACACAAGACUACGAGCUGCACCAUCAACUGGCCGCCGUCGUACAACAUCACCACGGCAUCAACUUUGACAAAGACGACAACGAAUUUGGGCUACGGUGGCACAGUCACAACCUCGAAACCCAGUUCCACCUCUAG